AUGGGUAACUCCUCAAAGUGGAAGGAGUCUUUGUUAGAAAGGACCGUCUCUAGGCAACACGUGAAUCUCAUGAAACAUGUGUAUGGGAAAUCCACACAAACAUCUACAACCUCAAGGGAUGAAGGUGAUGAUGAAGAAAGUGACGAGGACCACUUUUUUAGGCCUAAAGGGGAGGGAAAUAAGAAUGAAAGUAAAGCAGUGGAUGGUGCAAAUGCCAGUUCUGAGGACUAUUCCAAAUUUACAAACUUUUUCAAUGAUAAUGUGGAGAGCAUUCGUGACCGCUUUGUAACUGGUGAUUGGUCAAAAGCUGCUCUCAGAAAUAAAUCUUCUCAGGAUGAAGUUGAAGAAGAUGAUGAUGAUGUGUAUGCUGAUUUUGAAGAUCUAGAAACUGGUGAGAAGUAUGAGAGUUUUCAUGCUAAUAAAACUACCGAUGCCAUGGACCAAAAGGCAGAGUACUCAACAAUCGAGGAGCGCAGGCUGAAAAAGCUUGCUCUUCGGGCACAGUUCGAUGCUGAAUAUGCUGGAUCUAAGGCAACGGAGGAUGGAAGUGAUAUAGAAGGUGAGGGAAAGUUAAACCAUAGUGAAGCUAAUGAAGGUGAUGAUUAUCAUGACAAGAUGAAGGAGGAAAUUGAAAUUAGGAAACAAAGGAAUAAAGCUGAACUUGAUAAUAUCGAUGAAGCCUUCCGAGUGGGGAUUGAGGGCUUCCAAUCAGGGACAUACGUAAGAUUGGAAGUUCAUGGUGUUCCUUGUGAGAUGGUGGAGCAUUUUGAUCCUUGCCAGCCAAUUUUGGUUGGAGGAAUUGGGCCUGGGGAGGAUGACGUUGGAUACAUGCAGGUCAGAUUAAAACGACAUAGGUGGCAUAAAAAGGUACUAAAGACUAGAGAUCCAUUAAUUUUUUCGGUUGGAUGGAGACGUUUCCAAAGUACCCCGGUUUAUGCAAUUGAAGAUUCAAAUGGGAGGCACCGCAUGCUUAAAUAUACACCUGAACAUAUGCACUGUCUAGCAAUAUUUUGGGGCCCUCUAGCCCCUCCUAACACAGGGCUUAUUGCUGUUCAGACUUUAUCAAGCAAUCAGGCAUCGUUCAGAAUAUGUGCAACAGCUACUGUGCUCCAAUCCAAUCAUGAAGAGCGGGUGGUCAAGAAAAUCAAGCUAGUUGGUUAUCCAUGCAAAAUUUUUAAGAAGACAGCACUUAUAAAAGAUAUGUUUACUUCAGAUCUUGAAAUAGCUCGUUUUGAAGGUGCAUCUGUUCGAACUGUCAGUGGAAUUCGAGGCCAGGUCAAAAAGGUAUGUCUGUUUGAAAUAGAGAGAACAUUUUGCAUGUUAUUUUUCCUACUCUCCCAUUGAGAGUUUCUUCUUUUU